AUGUUACUUGUAAAUGAAUCCAUAAAUGUAAUUAUCUAAACAUAUACUUAGGUUACAAUACCCUCAUAUAAAUAAGAAUCUUCUAAUGUUCAAUAUGUUAUUGAAAUUAAAACAAGAAAUAAACAACAAUGGCUAAUUACAAAGCGCUAUUCAUAAUUUGAGGAUUUACAUAAAAAAUUGAUACUUAUUUUUUAGGAUCUCCCUGAAUUACCUAAAAAAGCCUUUAUAACAUUCUUAGUUGGCAAAUCAAAAGAAUAAUUAGAAGAACGUAGAGCUGGUUUGGAAAAAUAUCUUUAGUUGCUCAUAGUACGUAGAGAAAUAUAUCAUUCUAACUUGCUUCGAGAUUUUUUACAGGUAUAGUAAUUUGUAAUAAGCUUGAAUAAUGCGAAGAAAUUAUUCCUCCUAAUCUAAUCCAUUCUACUAAAACAAUAAUGGGUAUACGUGAUGUUUCAUUGUCUGAUUAAGGAGUAAUGUUCCUCCUCUAAGCAGAUAUGAGUGUUUUGAAUAGAGUGGAUGCAUAUGUUAAUAAUAUGAAGAUGCCAUGGAAUGAUGAAGAAACAGAAGUCAAAACCAUACCAGUUGGAUUAGUUGAAUGUUAUAUUAAAUAAGAAGAAGGAGAAUUUUCUUAUAAAAGAUUAUGGACUAAAGAGUAUAANAACAUAACAAGUUAUUGA